AUAUAUUACAAACCCUUUUCCAGUAAAUAGUUAGCACAAACUAAUUAUCAGAUGUCACUUAAACCAACCUCCUUCUUUAUAUAAGCUUGGUUAACAUUGAGUUUGUUAUCAUGGUCUAUGUGAAACAAUUCAGGAAUAAAAAAAGAAAUGGAGCCGAGCCAUUCAAACACAGGUCAAUCAAGAUCUGUAGAUCGCAAAACGGUUGAGAAAAAUAGAAGGAUGCAAAUGAAGUCUCUCUACUCAGAACUCAUCUCUCUUCUUCCUCAUCAUUCUUCUACGGAGCCUUUAACACUACCUGAUCAGCUAGAUGAAGCUGCAAACUACAUCAAGAAGCUACAAGUGAACGUGGAGAAAAAGAGAGAAAGGAAAAGGAACCUCGUUGCGACUACAACUUUGGAGAAACUGAAUUCCGUCGGAUCUUCAUCGGUUUCGUCGAGCGUCGAUGUCUCCGUGCCAAGAAAGCUGCCAAAAAUCGAGAUUCAAGAAACUGGUUCCAUUUUUCACAUCUUUCUUGUGACAAGCUUGGAACACAAGUUUAUGUUUUGUGAGAUCAUUCGUGUUCUCACCGAGGAAUUAGGAGCUGAGAUCACUCAUGCUGGAUACUCCAUUGUUGAUGAUGCUGUCUUCCACACCCUUCACUGCAAGGUGGAAGAACACGAUUAUGGAGCUAGGAGUCAAAUUCCUGAAAGACUGGAGAAGAUUGUGAACAGUGUUCACUAAUAUUGAUUCCUUGUUCCUUUAUUAAAAAAAAAAGUUCUAUGUUUUUGUUCCUUUUCUUGAAUUAUUUUUGGUGUUAGCUAGAUUCCUUUUCUUGAAUUGUAUCAUGUGCUGUGAGAGUGAUGUUUCAUUUGUAAGCAUAAUAUAUACUUUUCUCUACUUAAAGCUGUGAAAUAUAUUUUGUUUUUUGGUAUCAACAAAGCUGUGAAAUAUAUGAAACUUA